GAAGUUUGCCGAGAUUAAAUCAUCAACGUUUCCAAGAUGACUUCUCAACAGAUAACAACCAAUGUAGUUCGUAGGACUAAAUUGCAUUCCAGAAAAGGAUUCCUCCUGCGAGUGACUGAUGAUUUGGUGGAGGGAAGUCAAGAUUAUGAUAAUGAUGUUUACACUACCCUUCAAAUGGCUUCUGUUGGUCCUGGGGAAGUCGUGAUUCGUGGAGAGGUAUCCAAUAAGUACAUUGGAAUGGACAGUAACGGAAACAUCGUAACGUAUAAUUCCUUGCUGGAGGACUGCAUAUUCAAAGAACAUCAGCACACGAAUGGUUACAGCUCUUUUGAGUCCAAACCCCACUCUGGAUGGUUCCUAGCGCUGACAAAUGAUGGCAAAGCAAAACCUGGACCCAAAUCUGCACGCGGCCAUAGAGCCGUGGAAUUUUUACCAAGCAGUGUUUAAUAA